AUGGCGUCCAACCAGACCGACGGGCUGAACGUGAUUGCCCUGGUGUCCGGUGGCAAAGACAGCUUUUUCUCACUCCUCCACUGCCAGGCCAACGGGCACCGCAUCGUUGCUCUCGCCAAUUUGCACCCGAUACUACCACAGCAGCUGUCUGGGCCCCACGAUGAUACCUCACACACCCUGGCCGCCACAGCUUCCGUUGCCCCAGCGGCCAGUACCGCCAUCUCGGCCCCGGGACUCAUGUCAACCCCUGCCGGUGUGCUGCACCAAGGUUCGGACAAGGGUGGGCGUCCCCCCGCCGCCGUUGUGCCGGGUCAUGAAGGUGGGGUGGCUGGAAAUGAAAUGGUCCCCGAAGCAGAUGAGGAUGAACGGGACCUCAACAGCUUCAUGUACCAGACGGUGGGCCACCAGGUGAUCCCUCUCUAUGCCGAGGCUACAGGCAUCCCGCUAUACCGCCGGGCAAUCACCGGCGGUGCUACCCAGCACGGAAAGGACUAUUCCCAUCACCGGACCAGCCAAACCACCCCUGCCGCCGGGCACAACUCCGGCGCCGGUGGAGGCUCGGUGGGUGGGGCUUCCGGGCUGGAUCAUGGCCGCGAGGAGGAGGCCGAGGGCGCUGGCGGCGACGAGACCGAGUCCAUGGUCCCGCUGCUCCUGGCCAUCAAGAAGGCGCACCCGGAGGCCAACGCCCUCUGUGCCGGCGCCAUCCUCAGCACCUACCAGCGCACCCGCGUCGAGUCGGUGGCAACCCGCCUCGGGCUGACUCCCCUGGCCUAUCUAUGGAAAUACCCCGUGCUCCCGGCCCCGCCGGGCCCCGCGGACCCCAUCGCCGGGUCUGAUGCCCAGCUGCUCGAUGACAUGGCGGCGGCGGGCGUGGAGGCCCGCAUCAUCAAGGUGGCGAGCGGCGGCCUGGAUGAUGCCUUCUUGGAGGGUGGCGGGAGUGCCUGGCUUAGCUUGCGGGAUGCGAGGUUGGAGGAUAAAGGGGAUGAGUCGGGUACUACAGGUGCAGCUGGGGGGAGGGUCAGGGUGCCUGAUCUGCUUGAUGACAAGUUUGUUGGCGUGAUGAAUGCGUUGUCUUUGCCUGGCACGGAUGGCCCUCUCCAGUCAAGUCCGGAUGGGGAGGUCGAGUUUCCCUCUCGGCCUGGGACUCUUCAGCCGCCUACGACUGAAAGGCUUCAGCAGUGGUCUUUCGUCGGUAGCAAGUCCGAUUCCGUGGAAGCAGACACUCAUUCCAUUGUCGAGCAAGUUCGUGAGCGGCUCCAGCAACAAGGCCUCCCGCCGUCCGCCCUCCUCAGCGCCACAGUUAUCCUCCGCCGUAUGGCCGACUUUCCCGCCGUUAACAGUGUCUAUGGCACACUAUUCGACGCACCCAACCCGCCCUCGAGAGUUACUAUUUCCUGCGGCGACGCUGCAGCCGCAAAUAUUACCGUCCACCUGACCGUUCACACGGCCCUCCGGCCGAACCAGCGCCAGGGCCUACACGUGCAAUCGCGCUCGUACUGGGCACCCGCCAACAUCGGGCCUUAUAGCCAGGCCAUUUCCAUCCCGGUGUCGAGUCUCGGGGGAUCUGGUGAUUUGGAUGCUUCUUCCGGCGUGAGACUAGUCAGCAUCGCCGGCCAGAUCCCACUUAUCCCCGCCACCAUGGCGCUGCCGGCCGGCAGCAACAACGGCAGAGAGGAUACACUACCGCUGCAACUUUCUCUCUCCCUCCAGCACCUCUGGAGAAUAGGCAUCGAGAUGGACGACGGCGAGAAAAAGAAGAGCGAGAUGCGCUCCAAAGCGAUAUUAGCCUCCCAAGCCUGGACAGCAGCACACACACCCAACCCCACCAACAGCGACGACGACGACGACGAUGACGAAAACGGCCCAGACCUCUGGGACCGCCGCUACAACCCAGCCUACAUGACCUUUGCCUCGGGUCCCAACGGCGACGGCACCACCAGCUCCUCUUCCAUCCCAUCCUUACCCGACCGCUCAGUCCUUGCGACCCCGCGCACACCGUCCGGGGAACCGCCGGCCGUAACGCCGCCGCUGUUUGUUGCUGAGGUCGACGCCCUCCCGCGCGCCGCCGGGGUCGAGUGGCAUGCCCAUUUGGGCGUGGCGCGCGCUGCUGAGGGGAGUGUGCGUGUCCGCCGUUGUGCGUCGGGGUGCCCCGGGGUGGCGGUGGCGCAGGUUGUUGUUGAUGGCUCUGCUUCUGGGUCUGGGUCUGGGUCUGGGUUUGGGAGUGGAGAUGAAGAUGGGGAGGGGGAGGGAGGACGAGGGGGAGAAAGCCGCGGGGUGCGGUUUGUGCAGACGGUUGUGGCGGAACGGUGGGGCGGCGAGGAGGGGGGUCGUGGUGGUGGUGGUGGUGUGGUGGUGCAUGGUGAUGUUGCGAGGGGGGCGUUGGAACAGUUGGGAAGGGCUGGUUCUAGUUCUGAAUCUAGUGAAGAGGUGCUAGCGGUUGUAGUGAGCUAUGUGGAUGCGACGGUGUUGACGGCGGGCGGUAGUGAGGGGGUUGGGCCGGUCGUGCCGUUGUGUUUGAGUGAUCGGGUCUCUGGAGUGGGAGUCUAUCAGGAUGCGAGAAACCGCCCAGCCAGUCGUCCUAGAUAUAUGGGGUGGCGGAAGGGCGAGCCCGCACUUAGAGGUCGAAGUAACCUUUGCACUGAGAACAAGAAACAGCUGCCCCUCAACUCGUGUCUGCUGCGGUGGGUUUGA